CAGGAAGAGUUGCGGGUGAGAAAGACCGCGACAUGGCUCCGCCAGCUCCCGGCCCGGUCCCCGGUGGUUCUGGGGAGGUGGAUGAAUUGUUCGACGUGAAGAACGCCUUCUACAUCGGCAGCUACCAGCAGUGCAUCAACGAGGCGCAGCGGGUGAAGCUGUCAAGCCCAGAGAGAGAAGUGGAGAGGGAUGUCUUCCUGUACAGAGCAUACCUUGCACAGAGGAAGUUUGGCGUGGUCCUGGAUGAGAUCCGACCCUCUGCGGCCCCCGAACUCCAGGCCGUGCGCACAUUUGCUGAGUACCUUGCCAGCGAGACCCGCAGGGACGCCAUUGUGGCUGAGCUAGACCGGGAGAUGAGCAGAAGCGUGGACGUGACCAACACUACCUUCCUGCUCAUGGCCGCCUCCAUCUACUUCCAUGACCAGAACCCGGAUGCUGCCCUGCGUGCUCUGCACCAGGGGGACAGCCUGGAGUG